UAUGAUGGUUUUGUUAUUUUUGGGAGUAUUUUUAGGAGGGCUUUUUACCCAGAUGCUGUGACUUUUAAUUGUCUCAUUAAUGGUCUUUGUAUGGAAGGUAAGAUUAAGAAGGUGAUUGAGUUGCUUAGGAAAAUGGGUUCUUUUGGUUGUACGCCUAACGUAAUUACAUUUGGGACUUUGAUUACUGAGUUGUGUCGAACAGGCAAUAUCACUGAUGCCCUUCAGUUAUUUGAAGAAAUGGUUAAUGGGAAUGGUGAAUUUGGUGUCAUUUGUAAGCCUAAUCUUGUUUGUUAUAAUAGUAUCAUUGAUGGUCUUUGCAAAUAUGGGUUAAUAGACAAGGCAAAAGAACUGUUUUCAGAAAUGAAGACUAGGGGCAUUAACCCAAAAGUUGUUACUUACAGAUCUCUAAUUUAUGGUCUGUGUAAUACAUCUAAUGGGGAGGAGCCGAAAACUUUGUUUAUGGAGAUGUUGGAUGAAGGUGUACAACCUAAUGAAGUGACAUUUAGUGUGGUAAUGGAUGAUCUUUGUAAGAAUGGAAAGAUGGAUGAAGCCAAUGGAUUGCUCCAACUGAUGAUUAAUAGAGGUAUUCAUCCCAACACAAUAACUUGUAACACAAUUUUGAAUGGUUAUUGCUUGGAAGGUAGAAUUGAUGAUGCAAGAAAGCUAUUUGAUUCUAUGGCGAGUAAGGGGCGUAAGCCUGAUGUUUUUAGCUACAAUAUUUUGAUGGACGGUUUUUGCUUGGCAAAUAAAAUUGAUGAUGCUAAAGAGUUGUUUGCUUCGAUGUUGAAUAAGGGAUGCUUACCUAAUGUAGUUACCUACAAUACUCUGAUCAAUUGGUAUAGUAAAAAUCGUAAAGUUGAUGAAGCUAUGAGUCUUUAUAGGGAAAUGACUUCAAAGGCAGUUAGGCCAACAGUUGUUACUUAUAGCACCUAGCUGACUGGCCUUUUUAUGAUUGGUAAUGUCGGACAUGCAAGGAAACUAUUUGGUGAGAUGCAACGCAAUAAUGAUCAUCCCGAUUUAAUUACGUAUAAUAUUCUCAUUGAUGGAUUUUGCAAAAAUGGUUGUGUUUUGGAGGCUGUUGAACUGUUUGAUACUUUAAAAAAUGGAAACAUUCAACCUGACAUAAAAACUUUCAGUUGUCUCAUUGAUGGGUUGUGUAAAACAGGGAGACUCAAAAUUGCUUGGGAACUGUUUCACAGAUUGCGAAAUAAAGGCUUUGUUCCAGAUGUUGUGACAAUAACAUUCUGAUGCAUGGACUUUGUAAAGAAGGGAACAUAGAAAUGGCAAGUAAUUUGUUAUCAGAUAUGGAGCAAAACGGUUGUGCUCCAGAUGUACUCAUAUUUGGUACACUUAUGUCUGGUUUCUUGCAGAAUAAUGAGACUUCAAAAGUGGUUGAACUUCUUCACAAAAUGAAUGAGAGAAAUCUGAAGCUAGAUGCAUCCAUAGCUUCAAUAAUUGUAGAUUUACUGGGAAAGGAUGAAAAUUAUCUCAAAUUCUUAAAGUUGCUUCUGUCAUUCUCUAGCCAAGAACCAACAGGACGUUGAUUGUCGAGUAAUUGUAUCUCCAGGGGAGUACAACUUAUGACGAGAGCCUUGUCAGAUGUCAAAGUUUCCAUGUAAAGGUGCGUAUUGAUGUUUUCAAAACAACCAUUGAUGAAGAUGGUGCUAAAGGUUGUAGAUGGUGUAGCACCCAAGGCCACGAUAGAAAUG